CAGGGCUGUUGUUUCUCUCGUUCCGCGGGUCCAAACUCGCCGCACCCCGGUGGCGUCCCAGAUGCCUCUUCGCGCGCCGGCAAUCCUCCUCUCCUGACCUUGCCCGAGGGCAUCCUCUCCGGGGGCUCGCAAACCGCUUCCUCGGUGCGCCGUCGUCGCCGCGAUCAGGCCCACCGCGAUCAGCCCCGUCGCGAACGGCCUCCCCUCGACCAGCACAUCAACCGCCCGCUGCGCAAGCACGAAUGGACGUCCGGGCAGCGGCGAUGGACCCGGCGCGAGCUGGCCAAGGAGCGCGAGGAAUUCUUUGAAACAAGAGUGGUUUGCAGGCCCGAGAUCUGGCAGACGCUGCACGCCGCACUGCAGGUGCUGUGGGAGGCGAGCCCAGAGGAUUCGCAGGACGAGGACAGCGCGCUGGCCACUGCGCAAACCAUCCUCAACGCCGCCGAAAUCUCGCUGCCCACCGGCGAUCUCGUCAACGGCGCAUACGACUCGCUAGGCAAUCUGUAUGCGCUACCCGAAUACAUAGUAUCUGAUCCGGACAACAUGGCGGAUGACAAUGACCCGGACUUCAAGGGCGAUACAUCUACGGCCGAGGACGAGACCGCAGGGGAGGAAGAUGAUGUUGAUUCUGAAGAGGCCGAGAGGAGACGGGAAGAAAAGGGCAAGGGUGUGCUUGACGAGCGAGAAAUGGUGACUUUGCGCGCGCGACUGAGCGAGACGGGCCAGGAUAUCAUCGUCCCUGUGACCAAGACUGACAGCGUUAGGAGCGUUGUGAAGAAGAUUACAGAAAUAUCAGUGGCCCCCUCUGAAAAGAAGAUUCGCCUCGCUUACAUGGGAAAGAUACUCAAGGAGAAUCUCUCUCUAGAGGCCCAGGGAUGGCAAGUCGGCCAUGUCAUCAACGCCCUCGUCUUUAACCGGUGA